AUGGCUGCGGUGCAUGCUGAUAAGAAUGUGGAGAUAUGGACAGAACUCCAUGACAGCCUGCAGGAGGUGCACCGCCUUCAGCUGGACUUGAGAGAGAAGGACAAUGCCAUUAUGGAAUUGACUGCCAAAAUCGAAACCAUUCAGAAAGAUUCUCGCAGGGAGAGGGAUCGCCUAGCGGCUGAUCGUGAGCACAAAAUGCUGGCUCUAGAGGCAAAGGUCAAUGCUGAUAUGCAGGUCCUCAAACUAUCUCUCUCCCAACAGGUACCACCUCCGCUUCCACUCCUGUCAAUGAUGCGAGAAUCUACACCAUUUUUACAAGCCUCUGAUCACAUGCAGUCUCUAUCACCAUCUCCCUAA